AUGCGCACUCAUUUCGUUUUGCAGGAGUUUGAAUCAUUACUCAAAGAGGUCGUGUUGAGCAAAAGGCUCUCGGCAUCCAAGAUGGCGAAAUUGUCUGAAUUCUCUGCGAGCCAUAUGGAUAUCGAUGCCCAGAUGGUUUCUGCAAUGUAUCGAACGCAUAAAACUCUUCAGUCGUGGCAAAAACUCUCUAGUCUCUAUGUCUUUGAUGCUCUAGCUCGUACAGCCAAGACGCUGGUUACUAAAGGGAAACUUUCUCCCCCGUCUCAGCAGGGGAAACCCAAUGCCGCUUCAUUCCUACUGAAAUUAGAAGGCGUCUUAGAAGGGCUUUUUAGAGACCUGAUCAGUAUCACUGAUUUCCCUGAAAUGAAGGAUAAGAUGAAGAAAGUCCUAGACAUAUGGAUCAAAGCGGGGACGUUUCCAACAAGAACACUGGAUCUACUAUCGCAGAUUACACUGGGGACUCCUAUGGAUCAAGGUGCUUAUCUUUUGCCUUUUGUUUUCCCAAGUACAUUCCCUAUCAAUGCAAUAUGCAUUCCUCGAGACUCCUAG